GGGACUGUGUGAAUCAUGUUGCAUACGGUUACAGCCCUAGAUAGGUCAUCUGUCUCUUGUUUGGCUGUCCUCAAAACUGAGCGUGCUUUCUCCCUCCUCUCCCAUUCCCACGAUGUGGGGGGAGAGGGAGAGAGAAAAUGUGGUGAAUUUGUAUUCUCGAGUGCUGGGGCCCGGAACCGAUGGCAGACAAUGUCAACAACUAACAACAUAGCGCAGGCCCGGAAGCUGGUGGAGCAGCUCCGCAUCGAAGCUGGCAUCGAGAGGAUCAAGGUCUCCAAAGCAUCUUCGGAGCUAAUGAAUUACUGUGAGCAGCAUGCCAGGAACGACCCGCUGCUGGUUGGAGUGCCCGCUUCGGAGAAUCCUUUUAAGGACAAAAAGCCGUGUAUCAUCCUAUAGCUUUCCUCGCUCCGGCACGCGUGAUCUCUCAGGCAGGGCACCGUUCUGUAUCGACUGAAACCAAGUUACAAACUUCAAACUGCGCCGAGGGGUAAACACUAAAUGUUGGAUUCGGAUAGAACUUAAAUCUCAAAAAUUGCAAGUGGUUUAGCAAAGGGUGUCUGCUCCUGAGCAGGUUCCACAUUGAGAGGGGUUAAAAUUUAAAAACAACAACAAAAAAAAACAGGGUUGAGGGGUGGGGGGUGCAUUUUUAACAGUGACAUUCUCAACUGGUAGCAGGGUGGUGGAGGAAGUGGGGGUUUUAUUGCAUUUGCCAGUGGGAUGCUGGGCCCGAGUCCCGGGACUUUGCCGUUAGAAGCUUUGAACCAAGCUCUAGGCGGGUCUGACUCGGUUUCUGAUUCCAAUUAGCACUUCGUUUCCCAAAUUUCAGUCCGAUUGCUCUGUCUCUUGAGGGGGAACAAGGGAGAAGAUUCCAGGUGCGUAGCUAUUUUGUAGUCAAAUAGUCAAAAGAACCAAAACACAAAAAAUUGCUAUUGCAAAUGACUAAACUGAGAAUCGGAGGAGGAGGGAUGGAGGCAGAGGGCAAACAUGCGUUGCAGUGAAGCUGGGACGCUUCCUCCCCGUGUAGCCUGGCACGCGGUUGCGCGGCAUCGGCCGCCGUGGGGUGUUUGGGACGGGAGGAUCGCGCCGUGGGGAACGGCUGGUGGGGUGAAACCCGUCAGCCCUGGGAAUUCCCGUGACUCGCUUGAGGAAGCGCUUGGCCCACGGCAUGGGAAAUGUCGUUAGGGUUUAGCUCCUCUGAUCACUUCUGGGGUUUUAAUUCUCCGUGUUGUUACCACUGGUUUUUCCAAACGGAACCGCUCUGGGGGCGGGGGGCGGAUGCUCCUUGGCUCUAGGGGCAGGGAAGGGGGUUUCGGUGGUGCGGUGCCCAAGGGGAAGUCUUUUAAACAGGCCUUUUGGAGAGUCUCGGUCCAAAACACUAAACCUGGCAGAAUUACUCGCAUCUUCCCACCUCCCCUUUUCUCCCUGAGAGUGGCUGAUGGAGCAGUCCCAUUAAAACUGGUUAAUCCGGGGAGAUGAGGGUAAGACUGUAGAAAAAAUAUGAAGCGCCGUUCUCGUCCCCGGGCAGUCCUGAGAUGCUAGCGCGAUUUGGGGGGGGCUCUUUGUUCACCGGCACCGAACGCGCGCCCUGCCGCGCGGGAUCCCCGGGGCUCGGGGGAGAGAUGCGAGCUCAGGGAAGCCCCGCGACGUCCCCCUCGCCCCGGCGCCCGGGCUGGGCCUGUGCCGCGGAGCCAAGCGCCGGGCUCGCUCCCCAGCUCCAAGCGCUCGCCGCGGGGGGACGUGUCCUGCUCCUCGGCUCCCGCGCGGCGGCCGAGCCCCGUCUCUGGGCUCGGGCUGACGCGGGGGCCGGCACAUGCUCCCCCGUGAUGGGAGAGGAGCGCCUCGGUUCCCCGGCCGGGCACCGCCGUCCCGGCUAAAGCGGGCGCAGAUGCUCGAUUCCAAGCGUCUGUUCGAGUAGAUGCUUGCGCCACGUUUUAGUUCAAAUUCUGUUUGGGAAGAGAAGGAAAAAACGGAUCUGAUGUGGGAUCCUGGGAGCUUCGCCUCCGCCGCUUCCCCCGUGUUCGGGCUUCGGUUCGAAACGUCGCAGCCCCCCGCCGAGGUUGUCCUUGGGUCGCCGGGCCCCCUCGCAGCACGGCCGGCCGGGGACGCUCCCGCCGGGUCCGCAGGGCCCGCGGCCGCGGGGAGCCGGAGGAGACGCUGCCCACACGCUCGCCCCUGCCGCCGCGGUUCGGCCGGGGGGGGGGAGCUCGCACGCCGGUGCCGGGUCCCGCGUGCGCCCCGGCCGGAGCGGGCCGUGCCGUGGGGGGGCUCCCGGGGCUCCCGCGGGCGCGGGGGGCUGCUGGGGGCGGAGCGGGCUGUCGGUGCAGGCUGGUCCCAGGGACGGAGGCCGGGGAAGGAGCGGAGCCCCCGGCCGCGUGGCGGGGUCCCCGGGGAGGCGGGUCGGGUCGGUGCCGUUCAGGAGGCCGAGCCGGGGCUUCACCCACGCGGUGCCCCGCGGGGACGGUGCCGGCCCCCGGGGCUGCGGGCUGGGGGAGAUGCUCCAUUUCCACGUCUUGGUUCCAGGUGUCUUGCCAUCACUUUUUUAAGUAUCUGAUCACUUGCCUUUUUAAACAGAGUUGAAAACCCACAUUUUUAACACUAACCCAAACCACAGCACCUCCCGCGCGGGUCUUGCAGCCGCUUUCCUGGGGUCCGUUGCUGAACUGAGAUAGUUUCAAGCCUCCCGUCUCCCUCCCCGCGUGCCGCCGGCUCCCGUCUUGGGCUCCGCUCGCAGCGUUGCGGCAGCUCGCUGCUGCCCUCCCGGCUUUGCCCUGCCCCGGUGCGGGCGGUGGGGCAGAGGGCAGCGCGUUUCCCCGGCCCGCUCGUCCCCCCGGCCUGGCCCUCGCUCCCGGCCGUGCCGCGCUCCGCGUGAGCAUUGACCACCGGCCCCGGGCCCCCUGCAGCCCCCCGGCCCCGGGCAGCGGCCGGCGACGCCUUUCCGUGCACCUUCAUCCAGCAUCACGCGACGCCCUCGCGUGCGGCGUCGGCAGCGGGAUGCGCGCCCGGGCUUGGCCGCAGCGGGGCUUUCUCUUGGCGGUGAGGGAGUUUCCUCUGUCCUUAAUCUAGUACAGUUCCAGCCUUAUUUUUCUACUCCAGAUUGCCGAUUCUUCCUCUACGUUAGAGACCAGUGCCUGGUGCUAUAGCCGGCGAUGCGGGCGGGGGUCCGAGCCGCAGGGCAGCCGCCGCGCGUUUGCAGGGCGGGCGGCACGGUGCACCGGCGGCCUCGCUGCUGCGGGAGCCGGGGGACGCGGGCGGAGGGGGCCCCGCGGCGCCGGUUUGCACCCCGGCAUCGCCCCGCGCCGCUCGGCCCCGCGGCCCCCAUGGGCACCCGGUGCCCCGGGGACCAAGCCCGGCCCGCUUCCCCCAUGUCCCGCCCGCGGUCGCGCCGCGCUCGGCCCCAUCGUCCCCCGGGGACGCCGGCGGGCGGGAAGGCGCCUUGCCCCGGGGCUCCCGGGGUCUCUCCGAUCGGUGACUCGUUAGGUGGAAAAAUCCUCAACCUUUUUUAUUUUUUUUUCCUCGUCUGAGUAAAUCGGUGAUCAUACUGUAGAUGUUUUUGUAUAGCAUAAAUAUAAGUGCAAAUUACAGUAGUUGCUUGUACUUUGUUAGUGCAUUUGCCAAAAAAAAAAGAAAGAAAAAUGAAAAAAAAAGACACUUUUCGGGACUUUUUAAGUGCUCCAGAAAGCAGAGGGGGGCGAGGAGGUGGCCGGGGCCUCCUUUGUGUUGCUGCUCGGGCGUCGGGCAGCCGGUGCCAGCUCCGCGCUGGCUCCACAAAGGCCUUUUUUUGGACAUAAACACAUGCCCAAAUUUGUCUGCAGUUUCUUUUUAGCAUGUGGUAAAGCUGUUGCCAAAAAUAGAAAGGAGAGGGACUGGAAAAUAAAAGGGAGAGAGGAAACAGCGUUUCUGUUCAGUUCCUAAGCUGGCCCAUUUCCCCCGCGCUGCCCUGCCGGUGCCAGCUGGUGCGUGGCCCCGCGGCAGCAUCGCACCGUGGCAGUGCCGGUCCUGGUCCCGGUGCCGGAGCCGGUCCCGGUCCCGCGGCUUCCCCCGGUGCUGGGGCUGCUCCGGGAACGGGAACGCAGCAGCUCCGGCCACCCGCGGCGCCGCCGAGGAGCCGGGCAGCAUCCCUCUGCCUCCGAGCGCUCGGAAAGUCGACUGUAUUUAACAAAGUAAAAAUAGCGCAUUUACUCCAUUGCAGAGAAGCCACGCGUCUGAUCCUUCGCGCUCUUAAUUUCUCUCUCUCUGGUCUGUUAUUACUAUUAUUUGCCAAACUGAUAUUGUUGCCAAACGCAAAUCGGGGUUUGUAAAGACUGUACUUUAGGAAGUAAUCGGUGUACGUAACGUAGGCUCCUCAUAACGUCCGCCUCUUCGGAUCUGAGUUUCAUUUCUGGUGUGCCAUAGACCAAUUUCUUGCACAGUGUUUAAUAUUUUGUGGAAUUGUUGUUAAGAAGUGAAUUGAUAACACAAUAAAAAGGCUCACUUUUCAUUUUGCCAGA